AUGGCGUCCAGCGGAGACUGUGCUUGCACCAUCAUCGGGGCAGGGAGGAUUGGAACGGCUUUGAAGGAGAUGGGGAAGGCAUCGGGGUUUGACGACGUUGUGGUCAGACGAGGAGAGAAGAUCCCUGCUGAAGGCAGCGGCCCAAUCUACGUGACGACCAGGAAUGAUGAUUUGAAAGGUGUAAUUUCGGCCUGCCCGCCCAGCAGAAAGGGCGACUUGGUGUUCUAUGGUCAGAAUGGUUACAUCGAGGAUUUCUUGAAGGAAGAGAAGGUCUUCGACGACUCGACCAAGGUGCUUGUGUACAUGGCAGUCGCCAAGUUGGGCGACAAGCCCACCGACGGGAUCACCGACCUGAACCCUGAGGGGUUGACGGCAGCGACAGGCAAGUGGGCGGAGCAGGUUGCAGCGAGGCUCCGGGGAUCAGGACUGACGUGCAAUGUGCUCAACGAGGACGAGUUCAGGGCAUGCAUGUUCGAGAAGCACAUGUGGAUCUGCACGUUCAUGCUCCUUGGAGUACACCAUGGCGGGAUCACGGUGGGAGAGGUGGAGAGCAAGCACAAGGAGGACGUGUUCAAGAUGGUCGAGGAGAUGAAGAAGUGCCUGGAGGUAGAGCGAGGGAUCAAGUUCAAGGAUGGAGUGCCGGAGCGCCUGUGCGCCUACGCUCGUUCUGUCGCUCACUUUCCCACUGCACUCAAGGAGUUCUCGUGGCGAAACAAGUUCUGGCUGGACAUCACCAGGGCCCGGCAAGGGAAGGGAGCAGAGGACCUGACACCCUUCCACACAAAGCUGCUCCUGAAGUUACCUGUGCCACAUGAUGGCGUCUGA